CGUGGACCAAUUCCAGGCUCCGCACUGUGUGUUUACUUCCGUCAAUAUUUCCAGCACGGCAGGCAGCAGAGUCACAGAAACGGGACAGACACAACAAAGGAGUCGUUUAAGGUGUUUGCAGUAGCAGUGACCCUCUUCCCUCACAGUCCUCAGCCCCAGCUAAAAUGCCUUUCUUGGGCAAGGACUGGAGGUCGCCAGGAUGGAGCUGGACCAAGACAGAGCACGGCUGGAAGAGGAUUCUCUUCUAUGGACACGAGUUGGAAGAUAACAACAGAGAGAUAGACUUAAAAGAGCUCUGCAGUGACAACAAAGAAAAUCUGUUUGUUGGGGAUGUGUGUGAGCUCGCCACCACAAAGAGGAAAAAGGACUUCUACAACAAUAACACCAAAUCUCAAUUUGUUUUCAGGGAUAAAUGGAUCUACGUACAGAAAGGGAGCACAAAAGAACGCCAUGGAUACUGCACACUUGGUGAAGCCCUCAACCGUCUAGACUUUUCCAGUGCCAUUCAGGACUUGAGAAGAUUCAACUAUGUUGCAAAACUUUUCCAGCUAAUAGCCAGGUCUCAGCUCACUUCUUUGAGUGGAGCUGCCCAGAAAAACUAUUUCAAUAUACUGGAGAAGAUUGUACGAAAGGUUCUGGAAGACCAGUACAAUCCACGCCUUGUCAAGGAGCUGCUGCACGACCUCAGCUCGACACUGCACAGUCUGACCAUCCAUGUUGGCAGGUGCGUCCUCGUGGGCAACGUCAACAUCUGGUUGUGCCGACUGGAGACCAUUCUCAAAUGGCAGCAGCAGCUCAACAACCUGCAGAUCCCCAAGCAAAUGUGCAAUGGCUUGUCAUUCAACGACUUGCCGCUACACAUGCAGAACAAGAUCCUCUGCAAGUUAUCUGAUGCCUAUGACAUCAUUAACCUGGGACAGGCCACGCCUAUUCUGCACUGCCUCAGUGAGAACAGGAUGUUGUGGAAGAAACUCUGCCACUUUCACUUCUCAGACAAACAGUUCUGUAGGAAUUUGGUCCUAACCAAGAGCGAUAACGUGGACUGGAAGCUGAUGUACUUCACCCUGCAGAAACAUUAUCCAAUGAAGGAGCAGUACGGAGACACCUUGCACUUCUGCAAACACUGUAGCAUCCUCUUCUGGAAGGAUCGCCACCUGGCAUUGUUAUUCAAGGACUGUGGCCAUCCAUGCACAGCCAACGAUCCAGACAGCUGCCUCAUGCCCAUCUCUCCACAGCACUUUAUCGACCUCUUCAAGUUCUAAAACCCUCCGUGUUGCUCUUCAAGCGAAGUUUACCCGAGAUGUCAUUUACCCAAAUACAAAAGGGCUUCAACUGAAAGAGAUGACUUUUUCUUAUGUCUUCAUUUCUUUACGCACAAGUGUUUCCAUGAGACAUAGGAGAUUAAAGGUGUAUGUUUGUUGAAUUCAAGAAUGUCGGUGAUGGGUGAAAUAUAAAAGGAACUUUAAUGUUUUUCUUCCCUCCGCACAAAUGUUUGCCUUCUUGACAAAAAAAAGGCUAUAAGAGAGAAAAAAAAUAUACGUAAAUGUAUUAUGAAUAUGUGAAAUGAUUUAUAUGUAAAAGGAGUUGUAGCAUGUUAAUGGUAGGCAAGUGAUGACAGGUAAUGUUUUUUGUAACAGUGUGGCAGAAUAAGGCGACUCGUGGUUCGUUUAAUGGCGUUAAACUUUUCUGCUUUUUGCUCUGUUCUCUUUUGGUGGUAUUUUCCUGCAAUAACUGAAUGCAUGUUGUGUUUGAGUCUCUGUUUACAUACUGUAUGUUGUCCUCUGUGAGUUGUUGCUGUGCUCCGUGUACAUUGGAAGCGUCGACACUAAGAGAAGAUGAUGUAAAACUUCAUUAGCCCUACAGGUUUUUACAAUCUACUUUUGUCAAAACUGUCUAGUGACAGACAGGAAAUGUAAAACAUUAUUUAUGGCAAAAAAAAAGGUUUUGUAUCCUUCCUCCAACUUUUGUAAUAAUCCUUUACUGUUCCCAUACUCUUUAUGGUACUAUUGUGACUUUUAUGGGACAGGAACUAGCUAUACAACAAUUAAAUAUUUCUAAAAACCUG